GCGCCGAGGACCGCGGCCCUGCCCCUCUGGCCAGGGCCCGGGGGCCGUGCGGGGCGGGAGCCUCGGAAACCGGCGCCGGAAUCCGCGCCCCAAGGACUCCGCCGCGGGGUCCACGUGGACCCUGGGCCGCGGCGGGACUGGAGCCCGUCCCCGCGCGUGGGGGAGGGGCCGUUGCAGCCGGGUUCCCCUUUUCUGCAGCUCGAAGCCUGGGGAAGUGAUUGCUCAAAGCGGGGGGGGGGGGGGGCCGGAAGAACCCAGGUUUCCGCGUCUCCCGUCCCCCCCCUCAGCCUGUGGGGAGGGGCCGAGGCGGGACACCCGGUUUGCCCCCGCCCCCACCCUGUUGCAUCUGGCAGCCACUCAUCCCUGCCAGUCGCAGGGAAGGCGCUGCGCCCCCGGCCCGAGCCGAUCGGGGGCUCCAGGCGCCAGCCUCGCUCCAGAACGCGCAGGAGGACCUCCUGCCGUCUGACUUGAGUCCUGCUGCUGCAGUACACGCCCCUUCGGCAGCCAGGGUGGGGCCCAGAGCGAACCUGGCCCCUCCCGCCCCUGCCUCGCCUUUGGGUCGCUGAGCCCCAGGCUGUGGUGAGGGUCCUGGAGCAGGUACCACGGAGCCCCGGCAACCUCUUCCACCCACCCAUGCCCACCCCGCCUGAGGCUGAGAAGCAGCACACAGGGCCGGAGGAGGGGGACCAGCCUCCCUCCAUGUCCAGUCGUGAUGCGGCUCCCCCAGCUCCCCCCAGGCGCAACCCCUGCUGCUUGUGCUGGUGUUGCUGCUGCAGCUGCUCCUGGAACGAGGAGCGGCGGCGAGCGUGGCGGGCCUCCCGAGAGAGCAGGCUGCAGCCCCUCCCCAGCUGCGAAGCCUGUGCCACGCCGAGCCCAGAGGAGGUGCGGAGCUGGGCGCAGUCCUUCGACAAGCUAAUGCACAGUCCAGCGGGCCGCAGCGUGUUCCGCGAGUUCCUGCGCACCGAGUACAGCGAGGAGAACAUGCUCUUCUGGCUGGCCUGCGAGGAGCUCAAGGCCGAGGCCAACCAGCACGUGGUGGACGAGAAGGCGCGGCUCAUCUACGAGGACUAUGUGUCCAUCUUGUCCCCCAAGGAGGUGAGCCUGGACUCCCGGGUGCGGGAGGGCGUCAACAAGAAGAUGCAGGAGCCGUCGGCGCACACGUUUGACGACGCGCAGCUGCAGAUUUACACGCUGAUGCACCGAGACUCCUACCCCCGCUUCCUCAGCUCCCCCGCCUACCGCGCCCUGCUGCUCCGGGGCCGCUCCACAGCCUCCAGUGAGGCCUAGACUGCCCACCGUGGCUGCCUGGACGCGGGGCCCCUCCCGCGGGCAGAGACUCCUUUCACAAAUGCGCUUCACGUGCGGGCACACCCGCCGGGCCCAGUGCCCCGGGCGGCCCCAGGCAGGAGCUCCAGGUGCUGGGCAGGCCAGAAGCCCCCUUCCCCACCCAGAGGACCCAGCGCCCCAGGAUCCAGCUGAGAGGCGGGCGUGAGGGCCUCUGGGCCUAGGCAGCCCCUCCAGCACCACCACCCCUACUGAGCACUUCCUGCUGGGGUUCCCACCUGGUGAAAGGAGGCGCCCUCCCUGAAAGCAUCCUGGACCCACAAGGUCCUCCUCCCCGGGCCCCAGGGGCCCCUGAGAAGCGCCUUUGGUGGAGAACAGAAGCUCUGUGCUGUCUAGUUUUGUGACAAGAGGAAACCUCCAACUGAUGCCAUCUGCACCCCGGGAUCAGACCCAGGACCUCAGAACCAGGCUCAAGGCAGCAGGACCCGGCUUCUUUUAUAUGUUCAUUGAGUUUAAGCCAAUAACAUGGCACUGUGUGUUUUAUCAAAAAACAAAAACAAAGUUUUCAUAUUUAACUCCACUCCUCUUCCCCCCAAAAUAGAAUCUUAUUAUUGAAGAUAUUUUUCAAGU